AGACGACGAAGAAGAUGAGAAGAAGCCCGGUCGUCCAAUCGUUCAGAUGCAGCCCGGCACGGUUGGAACGGCGCUCCAGGCGGGUGGACAAGGGCUCCAAAUUUUACCAAAGCUUUCGCGCUGCGAUGGCUGCUGCUGCUCCUGCAGGCUUCCGGUUUGGCUGGACUGGCAGCCCAAAACUCAAAACGGUCGUCACACGUGAUCCGGCAGAGAUGACCAGACGCAACGAGCCAACGGGACGGGCCAAUCGAGCGCUUGCGCGUGUUGCGGCCGGGUCCGUCGGCUGGGAAGCGAGCUCUUCUGGCAGCCAAUCGCGGGCCACCAAGUCACGAGUGGGUGUGUGCGAGAAUGUUUUUGUUUUUUGGUGUGUCGAUGGAUGUUUGCUAUUGCUGAGCACCAAGGAAAUCAAGGACGGCCGAGGACGAGGGCGGCAGACCUCCAGCAUGUAUAGCACAAGCAAGCCCGACGACCCUCCGCCUGUCUCGCCGUCCAGCACAGACGAGUCGCAACACCCAUCGACGCGGGACGGGCCAGGCAGGGGCGUCGGCAAGGGGCCUCUUCCACCGCAUGCUUGGGAGAAGGCGGGAGUGUGGAGCAGGCGACCUUCGCGGUCGCUGGCGGAAGCUGCGGAGCACUUCCCCUGGUCCCGGUCCUCAGCGCCGGUGCCAGCAAGCGACCCGGCCCACUGGACACCACCACAGCACCAUGCCUUUUUUGAACUGUCUUGCCCCAGGGCUAGAAACCAAUGUAUCGCCGAAAAAGGUAAUAAGCCGCCCACCACUUUUUGCACGGUGCACAAAAAAAUUAAAAGUAAAAGGCGUAAAUUAAAUUAA